GUUAACUGGCAAAACAAAAUAAAGCAAAAAAGUGAAUGCUCUCCACAGAAAAAUACGUUCACAAAAAAACCGUGCCUGCAUGCAAUUUCCAAGUCGAUAGGUGGCGAUACAUCGCAACAAAUAUGAUUUGAAUUUUACUGUAACACUAAGGUAGCUGAAGAAGAAAUUGUGCGCGGAAACAAUAAGGGUAAAAAUAUUAGCAGCUAUUAGAAACCCAGAACACAUUAAAAAUAAUAGUAAUAAACCAAUUUAUUUUCAUAUUGUGUACAAAUUUUACUCUCUAAAGCCUUAUCAUUGCGACUGUUUCAGCUAAUAUGCUAUAGUCGUAAGCAGCGUGUUUAAGGGCCUCCACGAGGUCUGAUCCGCUCGUUUCUUAUUAUUUCGUUUCGGAAGCUAAAGUCCAGAAUGUCCUCAUUUAACUUUGGGGCAAGCACCCUCGGGUCCACCAACACCGGCGGGGGCUUUUCACUUGGAGCUGCGACCAGUGCACCGCCUGCAGGCACUGGAUUCUCAAUUGGAGGUUUUGGCCCAGCGACUUCCACAAUGGCGACCACCAGUACCACCUCAACACUCGGUUUAGGGUCUAGUUUGUUUGCACAGAAACCAACAACUGGAUUUUCUUUUAACACACCUGCCUCUGCAGCUGCUGCAUCUACUGGCCUUACAUUAGGGAGUCUUACAACUUCAACCCCCUCUACCACUGGGUUCAGCCUAGCAUUCGGAAAGCCAGCGGCCUCAGCUACACCUUUCUCAAUGACCACCACAACCUCCGCACCUACAGGCGCAGGCUUGACUCUGGGAUCUGUCCUCACCUCCACAGCUCCUCAGACCAGCUCCACCGGCUUCUCCCUUAACUUGGGAGCCACAGCCACCACCUCCUCUGCUCCUGGCUCUGGUUUCUCCUUUGGUUCUAGUCUCUUCUCGAACCCUGCCGCAACAGGUUUUGGACCGUCUACUCUUGGUGGUGGUUUAAGUCUGGGUGGUUUGGUCUCUACAUCUGUUCCGGCCAGCUCUGCUCCUGUGCCCAGUAUUGGUCUGGGUGGCGUUGACUUCAGCACUUCUUCCGAAAAGAAUAAUGACAAGUCAUCCAGCACCAGACCAGAGGAUAGUAAAGCUCUUAGGGAUGAAAACCUACCAGUUCCGAUAUGUCAAGAUGUGGAUAAUUUUCAGAAGUUUGUCAAGGAACAGAAGCAAGUGCAAGAGGAAAUCAGUCGAAUGUCCUCUAAAGCCAUUUUCAAAGCACAGGAGGACAUCAAGACCCUUAAACAGCUCGUGUCUGUCUGUGCCAGUGGCCUCCAGAGAAAUUCCCUCUCUAUAGACAAACUGAAGAUGGAAACUUCUCAGCAGGAAUUGAAAAAUGCAGAAAUUGCUCUGCGCACCCAGAAGACUCCUCCUGGACUCCAACAUGAGAAUAUGGCCCCAUCUGAUUAUUUCAGAGAUCUGGUUGAGCAGUUCGAGGUGCAGUUACAGCAGUACCGUCAACAAAUCGAAGAACUGGAAAAUCAUUUGACCACACAAAGCAGUGGCUCUCACAUCACCCCUCAAGAUCUGUCCAUGGCCAUGCAGAAGCUCUACCAGACGUUUGUUGCCCUUGCUGCACAGUUGCAGGGAGUUCAUGAGAAUGUAAAAACCCUAAAGCAUCAGUACCUGAACUACAGGCGAGUCUUCCUCGAGGACUCCACCGACGUGUUCGAGUCGAGACGCACAGCCUAUAAGAAGUGGCAGAGCUCUCCGCACGUCACCACGGGCCCCGCCCCAUUCGGCAGCGUUCCCAACGCCGCAGCCGUUGCCAUGGCUGCCACUCUCUCUCAGCAACAGCAGCCGGCUCCAGGAGCACAAGCGCCUGGCUUAGGGGCCAGUUUUGGCACUUCCUUUUCAUCGGGUAUUGGCAGUAGCAUGGGCUCAUCCAGCCUUGGAGCAUUUGGUAGCGGCCCUGGGUUUGGGGGUCUGGCAACAGGAGGUUUGUCGUUCGGGUUUUCCUCUAGCAAGCCAUCUGGAGGGAGCCUGAGCGCAGGAUUUGGAACGGCUAACACCUCAGGCUUUAACUUCAGUAAUCCAGGCAUCAACGCAUCGGCUGGGCUCACCUUUGGGGUCUCCAACACACAGACUCCAGGCUUUGGGACAGGAGCACCCAUGUUACAGCUCAAAAAGCCCCCAGCGGGUAACAAGAGGGGAAAGAGAUAAAACAGCAUGUUGGUAUGGGGUAAAGGGAAAUGUCACGAGGUAAAGAUGACGUAUGUCUAAGAUCUUUAUUUUUAUAUAUAUAUACUGUAUAUGUAUGUGUCUGUAUAUAUAUAUUUUCUCUGUUUGAUGCCAUUAAAAGGAUAUUUAGGAUUGUUCUGUUUGCGUUUCCUUUUACCCUUGUGACUGUGCUGUGUCUCUAUUUUUGUUUACCAUUGACUCUGGUUAAGAUUGUAUUAAGAUGUAACUGACUGGACCAGUGUCAGAUGAGAUGUAUAAGAUCUAACGCAGCGUGUGUUGUUGACCUGCACAGAUUUCAAUGUAGAUGACCUUGAUAUUGAAGAUGCUUAUGAACUGAGUUUACCUGUGUGUUUGUGGCUUUAUUUUCAACUCCAUAUUCUGUGAUUGUAAAUGUUAUCACGUAAAAUUGUCAUUUGUU